GGAAAACAAAACCAAAAUGAAACCGUAAUAGUGGCCUAAAAAACUUGUGCGAAUUUCUGGUUGAAUUGUCUUGAAUCCGCCGGCUGGACUAUUCCGCAGCCUGGACUGGAGUAUUCUGUCUAUCCUUAUAUACUCUGAAAUAAAGACUCGGAAAUUUUAUAUAUUAAUCAUAGAGAUAACUGUCAAAAUAUCCCACCCAUCUUCUUCCCUCCCAACUUCGUCGUUCCAUCCAUUUGUGGAAAACAUUUCAUUAAUUCUUCUUUAAAGGUUGUGUCUUUCUUCCAUCCAAACUUCGCCUGCAGAUUUUCUUUGACUCUAAGUUGCAGUUGGAUGAGAAAUCUUCUGCAGAAGAAAAAUGAGAUUUGAUGGGUAUUUUGUUGCCCUUAUCCUGGGCGCAUUUCUUCCAUGGAAUUCUUUCAUUUGCCUCACUUCUUCCGCUCCGCUUUUGCCUGCAGAUGAAGUUCAAGUGCUUAAUACAAUAUCUGCCAAGCUAGGGAAUGCGUUUUCUACGGUUACUCAGACAUCUUGCAUUAAUGGCUCUAUUGUAAACGACAACACGACUGAAAGUAUAAACGAAAAGGACAAAUUUAUAAAAUGUGACUGCAGUUUCAGUAGAAAUACAAUCUGCCAUGUUACAGACAUUGUAUUGAAAAGUCUUGAUCUUCAGGGAGUUCUUCCCCCAGAGUUUGUGAAUCUUAUCGCUCUCCGCCAAAUAGAUCUGACUCGCAAUUACAUUAAUGGAACAAUUCCCUCUAUCUUUGGCAAAUUCCGCAAUCUCACAAUUUUGUCACUUUUGGGGAACCGCUUAAGUGGGCAGAUACCCAGAGAGAUAGGUGACAUAACUACAUUGCAGGACCUAGUUUUGGAAGAUAAUGAGAUUGGAGGAUCUCUUGAUCAAAAUCUUGGAAAUUUGAGCAACUUAAAGAGACUCCUUAUAUCUGCAAACAAUAUCACUGGAGGUAUACCAGAAUCUUUUGCCAAUCUUAAGAGCUUAACAGAAUUUAGGAUUGAUGGGAAUCCAAUAUCUGGUAAUUUUCCUUAUUUUAUUGGCAACUGGACGAACCUGACUACUUUGUACAUGCAAGGAACAUUGCUAGGGGGGACAAUACCUCAGAAUAUAUCCUUGUUGAAAAACCUGCAAAUAUUGCAAAUUUAUGGUUUGAGAGGACAAAGUAGGGAAUUCCCAAAUUUGCAGAGCAUAGUAAAACUAAAAACAUUAGUUUUGAGGAAUUGCUCGAUUGUUGGUGGAAUACCAGAAUACAUUGGAAAUAUGGUCCAGUUAAAAACUUUAGAUCUUAGUUACAACAUGCUGAAUGGUACAAUACCGAAUAUUUUGAACAAAAACCUUAAAAAUGUGCUUCUGACGCAUAACAUGUUAAGUGGAGUGAUCCCCAUUUGGAUGUUUGACACCAAGUAUUCCAUUGAUUUAUCCUACAACAAAUUAACUGAAUCAUCUGCAAGAGGGUGCCAGUCUUCCAAUUUGAACUUAGUCUCCAGCUAUUCAGUUAUGAAGAGUGACUCUGGUGAUUGGUGUUCAAAAAAGGACCUCCCUUGCCAAGGAGGAACUCGGUAUGAUUCCCUCUUUAUAAAUUGUGGAGGAGGAGCAAAAACCUUUGAGGAUAAAACAUAUGCGGAGGACUCAACGGGAGGAGGCCCGUCGUCCUUCUUUACAUCAGAUAGAUGGGGUUUCAGCAGCUCAGGAGUGUUCAUUUCAAAUGAUGACACCAAAUAUAUUGCAACAAACAUGUUUUCAUACACGGGUAUUGAUGAUAUUUACCAAACAGCCAGGCUUGCUCCCUUUUCGCUCAAAUAUUACGGGUUUUGCAUGCGACAAGGGAGCUAUAAAGUGCGUCUCCACUUUGCUGAAAUCAUGUUUUCUAAUGGCUCCUCAUCUAACAGUCUUGGGAGGCGACUAUUUGAUGUAUCAAUCCAAGGAAAUGUAGUCUUGACAGACUUUAACAUUGUGGCAGAAGCAAAGGGUGCUGGGAUUGGAACAUAUCGAGAUUUUGACAAUGUUCUUGUCAAUGGUAGCAGCCUAGAGAUACACUUAUAUUGGACUGGAAAAGGAACUAAUGCUAUUCCUAUGAGAAGUGUAUAUGGACCUUUGAUUUCUGCCAUUACAGUCACUGGAAACUUCAAGACCAGUAAACGUUUAGGUGCUGGAGCAAUAGCUGGCAUCGUUAUUUCUUGUUUUGUGUUCGUGCUGUUAAUCAUAUUUGCUCUGAGGAUGAGAGGGUAUUUGGGGGGAAAAGUUGAAGAAGACAAUGAAUUGAGAACACUUGAUCUACAGACAGGUUAUUUCACUCUAAGACAGGUUAAGGCUGCUACAAAUAACUUUGACCUGGCUAAUAAAAUUGGAGAAGGGGGAUUUGGUCCAGUAUACAAGGGUAUUCUUUCAGAUGGUGGAAUUGUUGCCAUCAAGCAACUCUCUUCCAAAUCGAAGCAAGGAAAUAAGGAGUUCCUCAAUGAGAUAGGAAUGAUAACAGCUUUGCAACAUCCAAACCUAGUGAAACUUUACGGUUGUUGCAUAGAAGGAAACCAGUUAUUGUUAGUAUAUGAAUACAUGGAAAACAACUCUCUUUCUCGGGCCCUUUUUGGACGCGAGGAUCAGAGGUUGGGACUCGACUGGGAAGCUAGGAAGAAAAUAUGCAUGGGAAUAGCCAAGGGGUUGGCGUACCUUCAUGAGGAAUCGAGGUUGAAGAUCGUCCAUCGAGAUAUUAAGGCCUCCAAUGUGUUACUUGAUAAAGAUCUAAGUGCUAAAAUUUCAGACUUUGGUUUGGCUAGGCUUGAUGAAGAAGAGAAUACCCACAUUAGCACGCGAAUUGCGGGAACAGUAGGUUAUAUGGCUCCAGAAUACGCAAUGAGGGGGUAUUUGACAGACAAAGCAGAUGUUUACAGCUUUGGAAUAGUUGCAUUGGAGAUUGUCAGUGGGAAAAGUAACACGAAUUACAGACCAAAAGAGGACUUUGUCUACCUUCUUGAUUGGGCCUAUGUCCUAGAAGAGCAGGGAAAUCUGUUAGAUCUUGUGGAUGAAAGUCUGGGUUCAAACUAUUCUAAAAAAGAAGCAAUGAGGAUGCUAAAGUUGGCCCUUUUAUGUGCCAAUCCAUCACCAACUCUCAGGCCAUGCAUGUCUUCAGUAGUUAAAAUGCUGGAUGGGAAGAUGGCAGUGCAAGCUCCAGCUGCAAUCAAGCCUGCAAAGUCAAAUGGUGAUCCUAGGUUUAAAGCCUUGGAGAAACUGUCCCAUGACAGCCACACUCAUACUUCAUCUACAACAAUCUCCCAAGACACUACUAGCCAUUUCCAGAGAAGUGUUUCACUUGGAGCCCCGUGGACGGGUUCCUCACAUUCAUUCCCUUCAAGGGAAGACACCCAAGAUAUUUCCCCUACUACUAAACUGCUCUCUGAUCUUUACGAAAUCAACAUAGAUUGACUGAGGACUGAAAAUGUAGUACAGGAAAGUGAAACUUGUACAAGGGCAGGGCAUUAUCUCUUUUUGAUCACUUCAGCCAGUAAUGAUAUUAAGUGCUUUCAUGUAUGUAGAUAGAUUCAAAUGCACAUUUUUUCUGGGGGAUAAGAUAGGAAUUCCUUACUGAUCUUCCCUGUGUCAUAUUUGUAGAAUUGCUAAGAACUUCAGAUAGGUUGUAUACCGGAGAUGAAAAAGAAACUGACUUUUGUGCCUUUUGGAGAAAAAAGACGUUUAUGCGGAGAACAGGA